AUGUCGACUGCCAAUCAAGAAUUCGCUGACCAGUACAUCAACCACAGCUCGGAGCCUCUGGGUCUCCAUCAGGCUCAGGCCGUGGAUGCCGCGACUGCCCAGGAGCAGCCCGAGGCGUUCCCUACCGAGAACACCAUGACAGAUGCGUCCCGCUACGCUCCCGAGUCGGCCGCCUACCUGGAUGAGAAGCCCAUGAACGGUGGUGCUUCUGCUGGUCUCUCGCCUGAGGCCGAGAAUGCCUUCCACGAGAUCCUUUACCCUUCGGACUCAUACAAUGCGAACGGCGUCUACUGGGCCGACAUGCCUCUGCGUGAGCGCUUGAGCUUUGUGAACAACCAGAGCAACGCCGAGGCCCGCCGCGAGCUUGGCCUGAUCUGGAGCAUGAUGAAGAGAGACCCCCUUAGCGUCGUCAAGGCAUACUACAACCGUUACAUCAUCAAUGGUCUUGGUAUGUUCGUUGAGGGUUACACGCUGUUCUCGGUCGGUAACCUGAAGCCCCUCUUCCAGAACACCGACCACUCUGUGGCUCCCAACAAGGGUAACCACACGAGCGCUUUCUAUCUCUGCUGGAAGACGAACGAGAUCUGCAACAAGGAUUGGAUGCGUGCUAUUGAUUACCUUGAGAUUGUCGGUAUUAUUGCCGGUCAGAUUCUUGUCGGUAUUGAGGGUGACUGGGUCGGCCGUAAAUUCGGUAUGGUCCAGGACGCUCUUAUUAUGACGCUUGGCUCGGUUAUGCUUACGGCCAUGUGGGGUGACACGAUGAACGGUUGGGUGAUUUGCUAUGCUUGGUCCCUCUUCAUUUACGGUCUUGGUGUUGGUGGCGAGUACCCUAUGACCUCGACCCGUGCGAUGGAGGUUCAGGCCAGCCGUUACACGACUUCAUCCGACGACCGUAUGCACCGUGGCCGCAACGUACUUCUCGCCUUCUUGAUGCAAGGUUGGGGUCAGUUCUUUAACCAGGUGAUCCUGAUUCUCCUGGUGCUGAUCUUCAACAAUACCCUGAGGACGCCGAUCAAGCCUACUGCGACGCAGUACUCGUUCCGUCUCUCGUUCGCCUUCAUUGCCGCUGUGACGCUGUAUCUGGCCUAUUACCGUUACUACAAGCUGUCGUACCACAGCGAUGAUGCGCUUCGUGACGCCAAGGACCGUCUGAACACGUCAGGUUACGAUGCGAAGUCGCUGAAGCUCGCCAUGAGCCACUACUGGCACCGCCUGAUUGCUACUACCGUCGGUUGGUUCUGCAACGACUUCUUCUUCUACGGUAACAAGAUUUUCUCGGGUGUUUUCAUCAAGCUGAUCACGGGUGCAAACAGUACUUUCGGCACUGGCUGGCUGUACAACCUGAUCAACGUUGGUGUCCAGAUUCCUGGUUACUACAUGGCUGCGCUGCUUGUGGACCACAAGUUCUACGGUCGUAAGUGGAUGCAGAUGAUUUCAUUCGCCGCUACUUUCGCUCUUUUCUGUGGUGCUGCGUUCUCCUACGACACGCUGGUUUCGUCCCAGGGCAACCUCAAGGCCUUCCAGUUCAUCUUCUUCUUCUCUUCGUUCUGGAACCAGUUCGGUUACAACUCGACCACCUUCUUGGUUGCUGCCGAGGUGUUCCCCGCUUCGAUUCGUGCCACCUGCCACGGUAUUGGUGCCGCGUGCGGUAAGCUCGGUGCUCUGGCCCCUACCAUCAUCUACAACUAUGUUGACUCGAACAAGACCAAGUUCUACAUUGUCACCUGGUUCGGUCUCGCUGGUCUGAUUGUGACCUUGAUCUUCCUGCCCGACACUACUGGUCUCGAUCUGCGUGAGCAAGAGCGCUACUGGGAGCAUGUCAUGACUGGCAGCGCGCAAGACUACCACGGUGUGGCUGUCCACCCUCGCCACCUGUCGCUUUUCGAGCGGUUCGUGCUUAAGCGUCAUCUGCCCUACAACCCGCAGCUUGACGCUCAGCAGAAGACGGACGAGUUCCGUCAGGUGUACCAGAGCAGCGUGGGUCUUGUCGGUGCCAAUGAGCACGACCUUACUGUCGAGCAGCGCGACUUCCUGAGCAGUGAGUUUGCCAACAAGUUUGUGACGAAGGGCGCUGCCGCACAACCUUCGAACGAGGUCUUCAGCUCGAAGCUGGAGUCGCUCGAGAAGCAACUGUAA